CACUUGCGACACUACUUAGCAAUAUCCAUUCUAUCCCCCGCCUACCCAUCAACAUCGAUAUUAGGCAUCCAGUAUACGUCUCAAAAAUACUGUUUUUACUGAUACCCCAACUGAAGAUACAAUGAGCAAUGAUGGCCUAUGGACACACCUGACCAGGUCGAACGGCCAGCGAUUGGGGAGCGAAAUGCCCGGUAGCUUCCCCACCGACGAAGAGCAGGACAUUUCUACCGAACGCUCUUACGUGACGUUUCCGAGCAUGGAUACUGAAACACAACAGGUCUGGAAGGACAAUGCGGCGUACUACUUUCAGCUCUGCGUCAUCUUUCCCCUCAAUAUGGUGCUACAGGUGGCUUCUCACCUGGUGAUUGUGGUUGCGCGGUUGCCGUUGGUCCAGCGACUCCACUUGCUCAGCCAGCAGUCGUUCGGGAAGGCGAGCCCAGCAGACAAAGCGGGUAAGUUUAUCCGCGAAUUUGAGGAGCGAUACUCACCGUUGGUUUCCUCCGGGGAGAUGCCGCCAUUUAUGGAGUGCAGCUACACCCACGCGCUCUACACGGCUAAGAAACAGGCAAAGUUUCUCCUCAUAUGGUUACAGAAUGACGAUCAUGAUGACACCGCGCCGUUCAUCAUGGACUACUUGCUCAGCUCAGAGUUUGUCCGCUUGAUUGAGGAGCAUAAGAUGCUCCUCUGGGGCGGCAACACGCUGGAAAGUGAAGCGUACCAGGUGUCAAAUAAUCUUCACGUGACCAAGUUUCCGGUAAUGCUCUUACUGUGUCUUACCUCCGCCGUCACCGAGACCGCCAACGGCCCUGUAUCUUCCACGCCCAAGUUGACCACGGUGCUCAAGCUGCAGGGCUUGCCUAAGCAGCCAGGAGAGUUUUUGUCUCUCCUUCGUGCUCGGAUCGGUACUUACGAGCCAAAUCUAGUCUCGAUCCGUGGCGAAUUACAGGAGGCAGAGGUGUCCAAGAUGAUUCGCUUACAGCAGGACGAGGCGUAUCAGACGUCUUUGCGACAAGACAGAGAGAACGCCCAGCGGAGAGCAGUGGAACGGGAGAGACAGCUUCAGUUGGAGAAACAGGCCAAGGAGCGUGACAACUGGGUGAAGUGGAAGGCUAUAACGUUACCAACUGAGCCAGCCGAGGGAGCACGGGUCGCUAUUCGUUUGCCUAGCGGUCAGAAAGUCCUGCGCCGCUUCCUGGCGACGCAGCUGCUCGUGGAGAUUUUCGAUUUCGUAGAGGUGGCCAGAAACGGCCUCUUGGGGUAUACGGGCCAUUUUCGCGCCCCGGAACCUGGGUACCACCAUGAGUUUACCUUCCGAGUAUUUUCCGUGGUACCUAAGAAGGAGCUCUUGCCGAACCCAGUUAUGACAGUGCAGGAGGAAGACACCGUGUGGCCGAACGGGAAUUUAGUAGUGGAGGCGGAACAGGUUUAGUCCUUUGUAUGGUUAACUGGCAUUUUAGCCUUGUAUAUGAGUUUGUUAUUGCCAUUGUCGAGCAGGGACGUGCUGAACGUCUCAGAAACCUAACAGAGGAAAGAAAGGGAAAGAUAAUAAAAGUAAUAUGAUAGUUUAUGAGAUAUGGAAUCGUUAAGUCGAGGUUUUGGGAAGGUGAUGUAUAGUUCUACAGUUAUGUUUGAUUGACAAGACUAGUUCCAC